AUGCGGCUGCGGGAGCUGUGCCUGGCGCUUCUCUGCGCCGCCGCCGCCGCCGGGACCGGCUCCCCGGGGGCGGCCCGGGAGCACCCGCCGGUUCCGGGAGCAGCCGCGGGGAGGGCAGCGGAGACGGGACGCGGGGGGCCGGGGGCUGCCGCCCGGGCCGGCGGCGUAGACCCCCGGCAGGCAUGGAUGCUGCUGGCCGGGAGCCCCGGGCGGACGAGCGGCAGCCGGGCCCGGGGCAGGACGGGCACGCCUGUCUUGCAAGUCGGUGUGCGAGGCGGAGGCGCUGCCCCUGCCCCCGCCGUGCUGGAAGAGCUGCUGAGGGAGCUGCAUCUCCUGCUGAAAGGCAUGGUGAAGGAGCAGGCGAAGACACGCAGGAAGGCCUGGGAAGGGCGUGAAGAAGAGGAGGAAAGCGGUGAAAGCAACCCACAGGCCAGGUCCCAUCGUCGCGUGGAAGCAGCCUUCCACUGCCGGACACGUGAAAACAUCUCCAUCGAGCAGAGAGCACGGCAGGAGCUGCGCCUCUACUACAUCCCGGAGAGGGAGGGGAUGUUCCACCGUGGCUUGGGGCUGAAUCUGACCAGCGGGCAGUACACAGCCCCCAUCGCAGGGUACUACACCUUCACCGCCACGCUGCACAUCGUGCGCAGAGAGCAGCGAAGGAAGGGGCAGCCAUGCAGGGGGAAUCGUCUGCGGGUGCUGAUCUGCGUGCAGUCCCACUGCCAGCACAACAGCAAUCUGGAGACCGUGUCCUGGCUGGAGAGCGGCGGUGACCUUUUCACCAUCUCCGUCACCGGAGUCCUUUACCUGCAGGCUGGGCAGUACGCCUCUGUUUUCGUGGACAACGCUGCAGGCUCUCCCCUCACCGUUCAAAGCGGCUCUGAUUUCAGCGCCAUUCUGCUGGGGGUGUGAAAAGGCGCUGGGCACCACGCAGGGAGCUGAACCUGAGCCAGGAGCGGCCGGACCCUCCCCUCCAACAGCCACCGUCAUACCUCCCCUGCCCAGCACCAAGCCCGGG